AUGCACAUCCCCACCUUCUCCCUCGCCGUCUUCGCAACCCUAACAACCGCACAAGACUUCUGCACCAGCAACGCAUCCACCCCUGGCUACUGUGAACUCCUCUCCUUCACCGACCGCACUCUCAACGUCACCUCCCCUCCCUCAUCUUCAGACUGCCAAGACGCAUGUCGUGGCGUCCUCGGCGAAGCUGGCGACUGGAGCGCAAACCUCCAGGCUAUAUUCAAAACAUGGUCGGCUCGCCGUGUGGCUUCAGCAUGGGGCGCGCGCCGGGCCAGCCGCUGGAGUAUGCGUUCUUGA